UAUCUAUAUAUUAUUUGUUUUCUCCUCCUCCCUCCCGCGUGAUGUUUCAUAUCAACUUGACGCCUGACAUGGACGCAGUUUCGCCCACCACACGCCGGACAGAGUCUCCUCCUGCCGGGACGCUGUGCCAGAAGACGCCGCCAGAGGAGGCGAGCUCCCCAGCCUCCUCCUCCGAAGAGAGCAGUGCAAAGGAGGUUGGCCGGGAUGCGAGCUUUGAGGACGCUCAGUUUGUGCCGACAGUCACCGCAAUUUCCUCUACCCCAGAUUUCCAGUGGAUGGUCCAGCCUACGAUCAUCACAUCUGUCUCCCCGUCUCCGGGUAGCCAACGAGCCAAGGAGCCGCAGAGCUCCCACCGCACAGCAGCCAAAGCGGGCAGGAGCAAGGGGAAAAAUGCUUCCAGGAAGGGGAAAGCCGAGCAGCUCUCUCCAGAGGAGGAGGAGAAAAAGAGGGUACGGAGGGAGAGGAAUAAAAUGGCUGCAGCGAAGUGUCGCAACAGACGGAGGGAACUCACGGACACGCUGCAAGUUGAGACAGACCAGCUGGAGGAGGAGAGAGCGGCCCUGGAGACGGAAAUAGCCAACCUGCUGAAAGAGAAGGAGCGCCUCGAAUUCAUCCUCGCAACCCAUAAUCCCGCGUGCCAAAUGUCCGAUGAGCUGGAGGCUAUUUUCCAGGAGCCCGCGGGGUCCUUAGGGCUAACGCCCAGUCCAGACGAGGACAGACUUCCAGAGGACGGCACCCAGGAGGCUCCUUCGCUCCAGGACAUGGACAUCCCCAGCGACCCGUGCACAGCCAUCUCUGGGAACUCCAAUAUCCUGCUGUGUGCCAGCGCCGAGGUCAACAUCUGCGAUCUGGAGCCCUCGCUGGACAUUAAGGAGGGGCUGCUGGACGCCAUGCUGCCCACCCUGGAGGAGAAGAUGCCCAUGGAGACGGCUCGGUCCGUGCCAGACAUAGAUCUCAGCAGCUCUCUCGGGGUCUCCGACUGGGAGACCCUGUACAAGUCGGUGUCGAGCGAUCUGGAGCCCCUCAGCACGCCCGUGGUGACGUCCACCCCCACCUGCAGCAGCUACCUGUCUGUGUUCACGUUUGCAUAUCCGGAGCUGGACUCUGUGCCGGAGGGGCCGGACAGCCAUAAAGGCGGAGGGGGCAAAGCCGAGUCUGUUGACAUCCUCAACUCUCCAACUCUCCUUGCCUUAUGAUGUACCGAGGCACACGCUCUCUCUGGUUCCUCUGUCUUGCAGGUUGCUGUCUUUGAACUGAUAUGAACCAUGUAUGCCACAGUGUGCUGUAACCCCUCGAGGGAUACAGUCAUGACAUAUCUCGUGCAGUGUGACUCAGCAGACGUGUAAACCUUCUCCAGACACCUAGCCAUACAGUUAUGUAGCUAAAAGCAUGGCUUGUAUUUGAACAGGAGGGACUGGAAGGUUUCGGGUUUUAACAAAACGCAUGCAGAGAAAUUCCAAAUACUUUUCAAAGCUCAUAUACUGUGUAUCUGAUCAGUUCCUAGAUCCUAAGACGUACCGUGGAAUUAAAUGUUACAGUAUGGUUUUGUGUUUUGGUGUCAAUCGUGUAUUGAUUGCUGUAAAUGUUGUAUCUACAUAUACAUCCAUGUUGAGUAUACUGCAUACCUCAAUGUCAUCAACUGUGGUUUGAGCUCAUCGUUACAAUGUCGAAGGUUUUCCAUGAAAACAUCCAGUGCUACAAACUGUAUAUCUUAUCAAGAUGUAACUUAUGGUUUAUUUUUUUACCUUUCAGAAUUUUCGUUCUAUUUGUUCAAAUGAAAAAGAAGAUUCAAAUGAGCAUUGAUUGCUUAUCUAUGCUGCUGAAUACUGAACAAUAAAUCUACAGUCAGAGUGGUGCUGGUGUUUGUCUCUGAGAAAUCCAAUGUGGAAAUAAUACGAUUUGGAUGUCAAACUUAAUCUGCUGUUCCAGAACAUUAAAUCAGAGUAUGGAAGCCCUGGAGUGCAAAUCAAAAAACACAACAACCAAUCAUAAAGCACAUGGACACUGAGUCCAACCAAUCAGCGACGAGCCUUUUUAAUGGCCGCUAUCUUCCUUUUCUGUUAGAAUUUAAAUGAUGCUGUGUUUUGUAAAUUGUUAUGUUUUGAGAUUUCCCAUUGUGUUUUCUUAUUUGUCGCUGUGAUUUGUGAUUGGUUGUUUUCUUAUUUACAGUUGUGUUUUGCGAUUUGUUGUGUUUUUCGUUUAUUGUUGUGCUUUCUUAUUUACUGUUGUGUUUUCCUAUCAACAGUUGUGUUUCUUAUUUACAUUUUGUUUCUUAUUUACAGUUAUGUUUUCUUCUCUGCUGUUGUGUUUUCUUUUUUACAGUUGUGUUUUCCUAUUUACAGAUGUAUAUUCUCAUUUGCUGUGGUGUUUUUGCCUUUUGUUGUGUUUUUCUUAUUUACAAUUGACUUGUGUGAUUUGCACCUCAGGGCCACCGUAUU